GGAGGGAAAAUAUGGGAUUUUAACAGUCAUGCAUAACAGUUUAUCAGUUACCUCCUGAAAAUACAGGAGACCAAUCAAAAUUAACAGCUUAAGUUCAUUUGCAAACUUUAGUGGUCUCAAUUAUUGCGUGUCUCAUAUAUCUUAAACUUUUUAACUGAAGGUAGAAUUUGAAGGACACGUCACUGCAUGACAUACAGAAUACGAUAACACAACAGAAAUUGCAGGACUUAAACAAGCAAAACCAUGACGACUGAGAUGCAGAAGAUCGCUAUCACUGAGGAGAAGCCUUUACUUCCAGGUCAGACCGAUCCUGAAAAGGAUGCAGAGAUUGCAGCCCGGAUACUGUUGAACCAGAGUCAGGAACACAGUAUUAAGACUCCUCAUGGUGUCCUCCAUGUUACUCUGUAUGGAACGACCAACACAGGCCGCCCGGUCAUACUCACCGUCCAUGACGUUGGCCUGGACAGUAAAAGCUGCUUCUCUCCUCUGUUUGAGUUUGACGAGAUGCAGGAAAUAGUGAAGAACUUCACCCGGGUCCACAUUGAUGCCCCUGGCCAGGAGGAGGGAGCAUCGGCCUAUCCCAUGGGGUACCAGUAUCCAUCAAUGGAUCAGAUUGCUGAGAUGAUCCCUGCAGUCCUGACUUAUUUCGAUUUUCGUUCUGUUAUCGGAAUGGGAGUGGGAGCUGGUGCUUACAUUCUCUCCAGGUUUACAAUGGCCAACCCAACCUCAGUUGACGGUCUCGUCCUCAUCAACUUUGAACCCAAAGCUAAAGGGUGGAUGGAAUGGACUAUAAAGAUGGUUACUAGCCUGACUACCUUCAUCACAGAGCAGAUCUUGAAUCAUCUAUUUAGUCAGGAGGAAAUGUCAGCAAACGGAGAUCUGGUGAAGUCACACAGACAACGAAUCUCUAAAGCCCCAAACUUCAUCAACACUGAGCUCUUCUGGAAGAGCUACAACAGCCACAAAGAACUGAUAAUUGAUUACAACACGUUCAAGUGUCCUGUGAUGCUGGUGGUUGGGGAUAAGUCACCUCAUGAAGAAGCUGCUGUGAAAUGCAACAGCAAACUGAACCCAACGACAACCUCAUUCGUCAAGAUGGCAGAUGCUGGGGGUCUUCCACAGCUCACCCAGCCCAGCAAACUGACAGAGGCUUUCAAGUACUUCGUCCAGGGGAUGGGCUACAUGCCAACAUCCAUCAUGACCCGCCUGGCCCGUUCGCGCACCACCUCCCGGUCUUCAACCGGCUCCUUGGAGGGGGAGCGGUGGCGUUCUCGCACCCUGUCACAGACCUCCCAGGGAGAGCAGAUGCCCCCCAGCCCCGCAAACGACAUGAACGUGUCCUGCUGAUAGGUACAGCGAAGGGCCCAGACAAUUGUCUAAUCUGAAUCCAACUGAGCAUUCCUUUAACAAUGUGAAGACAGAAGGCCAAAAGGCCCUCAAAGAGGUAGGAACUGAAGAUGACUGCAGUAAAGUCAGUGAAUCACCAAGAAAGAUACACAAAGUCUGGUGAUAUCUAUUGGUUGCAGACCUGCAGGCAAUCAAAAGAUCCGUUUGUUACCAACUACUAAAUAUGACUAAUUUAUUGUAUUGUAUGUAAUAUUCUUCUGUUGUUUAAGCUGACAGUCUCUUUAACCCUGUAGUCAUUGAAUCAUUUCGAAUCCAAUGUGCUGGAAUCCUUUGGUUUUCAAACAGCCAAUACUUUAAUCAUCACAAAUUAAAUUAUGUGGUGAAGGUGUGUAACUGUUAUCUGAUCGCAAUAAAAUAGAAAGAUAUCUGAUAAUUAUGGCACUGCUGUUAAAUAUCAACU